GGAUGGAUGAGAGUGUGUUGUAAGUGUUAACUAAGCCUGCUGUUGUUAUUCUGCAUUGUUAUUGUGAUUUUGUGCGCAGUACAUUUAUAAAAACAGAUUAUUAAGCACGUUUUAAGGGAUUCGAUAAAGCCAACUUGUGGCACGAAAUCAAAACAAAAACACGUGCUACCAAAGACUGCAAACAAAACAUUGACUUUUUUUUUUGAAAAACAAGUGAAUACUAAAACAGCUUCAAUAUGGGUAUGGUACAGAAGCGUAAGAAGAUGCACUAUGGCGACACACAUCUGCAGCGUAGAUGGCGUGUACGCAAUCGUAGACGGGAUCUGGAUCAAAUCGACGAUGAUUUGCGCACACGUAGCGGCGAAUUAAUCAAUCAGAAUGUGGAUCUAGAGAAGCCAGGCUUUGCGCAAUUCUACUGUGUACACUGUGCCAAGUACUUUAUCGACGACACUGCCAUGCAGGCGCAUUUUCGAACUAAAGUACACAAGCGUCGUCUUAAGGCGCUCGAAACAGAACCGUACAGCAUUGAAGAGUCUGAGCGUGCUGCUGGCCGGGGCAGCUUUCAGAAGCCCAAGAAGCGCGUUAUGGAAACACAGCCAACCAAGGAGGAAGUCAUUGGUGGAAAACGCAUCAAGGUGACAGAAGUGGCUGAGAACGACUCGAACGCCAUGGAGCAGGAUGACCAAAAGCCGACAACAUCAGUAAAAGCGAAUCGGAAGCGUAAACAAAAAAUGGAUACAUAAAGAUUACAGAUUACAGUAUGCUUACUAUUAACUUAACUAAGUUGUAUGAUGUUAUUGACAUGAGCAUAGUUCAAAUCGUUGAAUAAAUUUCCCCCGGAUGACUCGUUCUAACCAAAUUGAGAUUGUAUCUUUCGUUGUUUUCAAAUUGCAUUGUAUAAAUAUAUUACUUUUCUGUUGUAUGUGUAUCGUGUGUAAUUAAUAAUUAUCAUUAAUGCUAUGUUGAUCGAUAUAUACAUACUUAAGAGUAUAUUCCAACUAGAUGACAUGUAUAUAUGCGUGUUUUAUAUAAUAGAACAGAUCAACCAGAUGGAUGCCUAUGUAUGAUUAUGCAUUUUACAAUCGACUUAACUGAUAAAAUGAACUAAUAAUCUUACUAUAAGAUACAAAAAAAA